AUGAUGGGGGGAGCAGCACGAUGGGGGGAGCAGCAUGGGGAGAGCAUGGGGGAAGCAGCAUGGGAGGAGCAGCAAGGGGGAGCAGCAUGGGGGAAGCAGCAUGGGGGGAGUGGCAUUGGAGGAAGCAGCAGCAUGGGGGGAGCAGCAUGGGGGAUGCAGCUUGGUGGGAGCAGCAUGGGGGGAGCAGCAUGGGGGGAGCAGCAUGGGGGAAGCAGCAUGGGGGAUGCAGCUUGGUGGGAGCAGUAUGGGAGGAGCAGCAUGGUUGAGCGGCAUGCGGUGCAGCAUGGGUGGAGCAGCAUAAGCGACAUGGGGGCCAACAUCUCUCACAACUCCCCUCCAUUUCGUUUCCCAUACCCACUCAACGCUUUCCUUCGCCCCCCCCUCCCCUUCAACCUCUCCGUCCUUCCCCGUACUCCCUUCAGUGGUAACGUGCACGGAUUAUUGGCCCGCGCCGGCAAGUUGCGCGGACACACGCCCGACGCGCAGGACAAUUGUAAGGUGCACGGAUCGUUGGCGCGUGCCGGUAAGGUGCGCGGGCAGACGCCCAAGGUGGAGAAGCAGGACAAGAAGAAGCAGCCCAAGGGCCGCGCGCACAAGCGCAUGCAGUACAACCGUCGCUUCGUCACCGCUGGUACGUGUUUUGAGUCGACUCAAGGCAGACGUUGA